UGGUUUAGUUCGUCUUGAAAAGUUGUUGAGAGUGGAAGUGCAUCAUGUCUGUUGCGUACAAACUUGGAGAUUUAGUUUGGGCCAAAAUGAAGGGUUUCAGCCCUUGGCCCGGCCGGGUAGCUGUUCCCACGCCGGAACUCAAGCCUAUGCCAAAGAAGUCUAUGAAUGUCCAGUGCAUAUUUUUCUUUGGGUCUAAUAACUAUGCUUGGAUCGAGGAGCAUAACAUUAAACCGUAUCAAGAGCACAAGGAGCAGCUAAUAAAAUCAUGUAAAACAGCAGCUUUUAAAGAAGCAGUCGCUCAGAUUGAAGAGUAUAUUGUUAAUCCUGAGAAAUUCGCUGAUCUGGACGACCACGUCCGCAAUCCUGAGGAGGAAUUUGAUAAACUGAAAGAUGUCAUCAACGAAGAAUCUUCUGAUGAGAAGCCACCGGAAGCUGAGGAGGCCACACCAGAAGUCAAGAAAAAGAGCGCAACACCCAAGAUACGUUUGGGCAUUUCAAAGGUGAAAUCUGUGAAACGGUCCUCCUCGGCUGGGCUAAAGUCUGCUCCACGCAAGAAGGUGAAGACUAUUUCUAGAUCCUUCACUGAUACAGACAUGGACCAUGAGAAGCCUUCCAUGUUGAACCAUUCCUUCUCCAAGAAGUCUAGUUUGCUGCAACGCCCCUCCAACAUCAUGGGACCUGAAACCGCUGCUCUGGACUUGGAGAAUGUUUCGGAAACUUUGCUCGAGAAGAACAUAAAGGCUAGCCAAAUGAAGUUCGGUUUCCUCGGGCUGGGCAUCAUGGGCUGUGGCAUUGUUAAGAAUCUUCUCAACUCCGGCCACAAAGUGCUCAUCUGGAACCGUACAGCUGCAAAGUGUAAAGACUUCGAGAAGGUCGGAGCGACGAUAGCUGUGACGCCAUGUGACGUGGUGGAGGAAGCGGACAUCACCUUCUCCUGCGUCGCCGACCCACAGGCUGCGAAAGAGAUGGUGUUCGGCAACUGCGGCGUUUUGCACUGUCCCACUUUGGAGGGGAAGGGCUACGUCGAGAUGACGUCCAUAGACGCCGACACGUCGCACGACAUCGUCGAGGCCAUCAGCGGUAAAGGCGGCAGAUAUUUGGAAGCGCAGAUUCAAGGAUCCAAAACUGAAGCGGAGGAAGGUACCCUUAUAAUUCUAGCGGCGGGCGACCGGACGCUGUUUGACGACUGCCAGUCGUGCUUCAAGGCGAUGAGCAAGAACUCCUUUUACCUUGGUAGUGACAUCGGCAAUGCGUCGAAGAUGAACUCUGUGCUGCAAGUGGUGGGGGGCGUCUCCCUGGCGGCGCUGGCGGAAGGGCUGGCGCUGGCGGACCGCGCGGGGCUCAGCCAGCGAGACCUACUCGAUGUGCUGGCGCUCACGCCGCUCGCAUCGCCCCAUCUGUUGAGGAAGGGACGAGACAUGAUAGAGUCGUCGUACUCUACGCACCAGCCGCUGAGCCAUAUGCAGAAGGACCUCAAACUGGCUCUAGGCCUGGGAGACGCGCUGGAGCAGUCCCUCCCCCUCACCGCGACCACCAACGAGAUCUUCAAGCACGCCAAACGCCUCGGCUACGCGAACCACGACGUCGCCGCCGUCUACAUACGUGCGAGGUUCUGAUAUCCUGGUGUAGUUUUUAUCGCACGAGAAUUUAUUUUUAUGUAAACAUAAAUCUGGUAUUGACAUUUUACGCGUAACUGUCGAGACGCGCGGUUAUCUACCGUGAGUUUGACAAAUUCCGAAAACUUGUAUAGUCGGACGCGGGUGACGGACAAAUUCGGCCAAUGACCUCCUCUUUGUCGAUAGUUCUGAUUUUUUUCAUUUUAUUUAUAAAAUAAAAUUAUAUGUAAAUUGUAAUUAUGCUAAAUAGAAUUUAUAUUUUUUUUCCAAUGAUGAAUUAUAUAGACUAUCUAUGAAAUACAUCGAUUCCUGAAGAAUAUUACAAAAUUGGUUUACAGUUAGUUAUGUAGCGUUGUCAAUGGCUGAAAUCCUUCAUACAUGUUGUGAUCCGCGUCUCGAUUAUAUAAGAAACUUUUUUGUUGCCUAAAUCCUAAAGGUCCUGUCAAUCCAAAACUUUUAUCCAAAUCUUCCUGCCCUAACACCUUUUUUUGUACUCAGGUACCCAAAUAUUUAAUCAGAAACAAUCAAGAUUAUAAUAUUGAAGCUGUGGGCUAUCGUCCCAGUCAGUCAAACAGUCAAACAGUCUAAAACGCCUACGUUGUUUAAAGUUGACGAAUGACUUGUAAUGAUUUAUUUAAAAUAAUAAAAGAACUUAAAAGGAAAUCAGUUCUAUAAUUUACAAUUUACAUUUUUAUCAGAAAUAUUUAUAAACGAUA